GUUUAACUCUGAUGUUUUAAUGAGGUUUAUUCAAAAUGAGGAUGAUGUUAUUCUUGUUAAGUUUGAGGAUGUUCCUCUUCUAUUUUUAUGGCUGCUAUUGAACUAUUCCAGCAAAUUCUGAGAAAAAGAUUUAUUAUGCUUCUGGAUUUUCUAAUAUUAUUGAAAAAGCAGCUUAAUCGCUUGGGUAAGUCUUCAUAAAUUAACUUGCCAUUUAUGGGUUAGAAAUUAUUAAGCCAAUUAAUUGCAAGAAUGUCGGAUCAGAAGCAAAGCAGAAGUUCUUGGAUCCUUUUAGAGUAAACCCAAAAGCUUUAUAAUAUUUGGAUAAUCAGUGCAGAAGCAAAUAGAUUGUUUUUACCCUAUUUUACAAAGGGUUCAAAGAAAUACAUUUGUCAGCAUUUGUUAAUGCAUCUUAAUAUUUUGAGAGUGAAGCAUAUGAUCCUGAUCUAUUAUUAAGGAGAAUAUGAUAAUUUGGAUUCAAUUCAAUUAAUUCAAUUACUUAUGAAAAAAACUUAAAAUUUGUCAUCUUUGAUAGCUUAAUUACCAAGGUCUUAGAAUUAUAAUGCUGUAAAUAUUAUUUUUAUUUUUGAAAUAGAUAAAGAAAAAUAGAAUUUCAUCUUAUUGUCAAAUUUUAGAAUGUUCAGAAGAGUUAUUUUGUAUUUUGGCAUUUAAUUUUUUAAUAAAAAAAUUAUUAUGA